GCUAGGACUGGGGCCAGAGAUUUGGGGAGCAUCUGAGAGGCAGCAUCCACAGUCGAAGAGAAUGAAACUGUCGGGAACGGGAGCAGCUGCCUGUGUCACUGACACCCUCUGUGAAUGAUCGAGGCUCGGGCCCUGGCAGGACUGCCCGUGAACGUUUGGCCAGUUUGAUUGGCCACCUGGCAAAGACCAGGUUCUGAGAAGCCAUGGUGCUGAGGGCCUUUGUCCUGCUGGUCGUCUUUGCAGAAGCCUCUGCGAGAUCGUGCACUCCAAGUAAAGCAGAUGUCAUUCUUGUGUUUUGUUAUCCCAAAACGAUCAUCACCAAAAUCCCCGAAUGUCCCUAUGGAUGGGAGGUACAUCAGCUGGCGCUCGGUGGGCUGUGUUACAACGGGGUCCACGAGGGAGGCUACUAUCAAUUUGUCAUCCCAGAUCUGUCACCUAAAAACAAGUCCUAUUGUGGAACCCAGUCCGAGUACAAGCCCCCCAUCUACCACUUCUACAGCCACAUUGUUUCCAACGACAGCACAGUGAUUGUAAAAAACCAGCCCGUGAACUACUCCUUCUCCUGCACCUACCACUCCACCUACUUGGUGAACCAGGCUGCCUUUGACCAGAGAGUGGCCACUGUCCAUGUGAAGAACGGGAGCAUGGGCACAUUUGAAAGCCAGUUGUCCCUCAACUUCUAUACUAAUGCCAAGUUCUCCACUAAGAAAGAAGCACCCUUUGUCCUGGAGACAUCCGAAAUCGGUUCAGAUCUGUUUGCAGGAGUAGAAGCCAAAGGGUUAAGCAUUAGGUUUAAAGUGGUUUUGAACAGCUGUUGGGCCACACCCUCGGCUGAUUUCAUGUAUCCCUUGCAAUGGCAGCUGAUCAACAAGGGCUGCCCCACGGAUGAAACAGUCCUCGUACACGAGAACGGGAAAGAUCACAGGGCAACCUUCCAAUUCAACGCUUUCCGGUUCCAGAACGUCCCCAAACUGUCCAAGGUGUGGUUACACUGCGAGACAUUCAUCUGUGACAGUGAGAAGCUCUCCUGCCCAGUGACUUGUGACAAACGGAAACGCCUCCUCCGGGACCAGACCGGGGGCGUCCUGGUUGUGGAGCUCUCCCUCCGCAGCAGGGGAUUCUCCAGCCUCUAUAGCUUCUCAGAUGUUCUCUAUCACCUCCUCGUGAUGCUGGGGAUUUGUGCUGUCCUGUAAGGGAGAGCUAGGCAGGCAGCUGCGGCUCCUCCGCCCAAGACCAUCUCCUCUGUCAAACUCACAUUUAUUGUGCUGCCAAAAAGAACAAACAGAAGACCAUAUUGUUGGGGAGCAGAGAAUAGCACUUUGCCAAGUAUGUGUUCCAGUGAUUUUUGUGAAUUUCAGCGAUUGUUUCUCUUUGGUGUCCCACUUCCUCUUGUGACUUCCUGUGGCUCUUAGAUUCUACAGUCCCUGCCCUGUGGCUGGCAGAGUCUCCCUUCCCCAUAUUCAGGUCGGGGACUGCAGCAGACUCCUUUAAAAGCUAUUCUAAUUUUAAAAGACUAACACACCCAACCAAGUGCAGCUGAGCAUUCUGAGGAGAAUGUAGGGCAUAAGCACAAAGUCAGUGCUAAGUCCAGAGUGCACAGGAGCAGCCAACUUUGCUGUUCUCUGAAGGGGCCUUUGUCAUUGAGGCUGUGCGACUCUUUAUCUAAGGACCAGAGCUGAGCCGCCAGGCAGGGGUUCUAAUCUCUCAAAUGAUCAUGUGUGAAUCAACGCAGAAUGCAAUAGUUUUGCUCAAACCUGAAUAACAUAAAGGAAAAUGGUUCUCGAGAGCCCCCAGUGAGUGCUAACCCAAUUUUUUUUAUUGUAAGUUUUCUUAACUAUGUAUAAACAUUACAUAGGUAUACAGUCCUCAUUUUUAUAGCUAAUAUGAACGUCUUAAGAUGACAAGAAAAUUCAAAAUUGAAUAGGAAUAACACUACAUAAAGAAAAAAAUUCACCUUAGCAUUAAUUUAACAUCAUAAUGUGGCUUCUCCUGAACGAAACUGCUGCUUGUGACAUGUCUAGGAGGGACCACCAUGACAGGUUCUCUGAAGCCUGUCAACCCCAUCCUACCUACGCCUUGUGAUGCCCAGUGCCCCCACUAUUUCUAUGUGGUCUAGUGAGAAAUCUUCAUUGGUACAGAAUGGUCUGACCUCAUUUAGCCUCCACUUGAACAUUCAAGCCAUAUUUUCAUCUCACUAACUUAUGCUCCUUGAAAUGGAACCAACAAAAAAUCAGAAAUGCAAAUGCAGAUAUGGCCAAUGAAAUUAUGCAGUGCCUCACCCUAAUAGUAGCCCCCACCCCAGCGACUCAGAGUAUGUUGAGAGCAAUGAUUUACAUGGUCAAUCAAAUAAACACAGAAGGAACCGGUCCUGGUAGAGAAUGGCAGAUCCCUGAGAAUGCACUGGAAGACCCCCGUUUGAGGCUAGAAGCUAGGAUGUGAUAGGAAAAGCCAGAAAUCAAAAUUCUUUUCUUUGUCUUGUACAGACUCAAUUAGUGGGCUUAUCAUUUGCAAACAUGUCAGCUUGUAUCUCUGUAUUUAAUGUAUUUGAGAAGUUUUGAGAUCUGUAGUUUGAUGGUUCUUUGACAUCUGUGUUAAUGAACUCAGAAAUAAAGCUAGUUCUCAAAUCUUGGGAGACACGGAGUACAUGUUUGCAAUAGGCUAAGAUUAAAAUGACUUUAUGUAGUUUAAACUGGUCUCAGAGCUGGUGCACCAGCCAAUCAGUUUGGGAUCUCUUCUUCCUGUAAAUUCAGAAUUUUUGAGGUCAGGAAGGACAGAAGACAUUUUAUUGGUUCUAGUCAAAACUCUUAAAUAGGACUCUCUCAGCCAUAAUCAUAAAUCCUUGGCUGUCAGAGUAAAACAAUGUUGCGUUAGUUUUGCUUUGUUUUAUCAUAAUGUUUGAUGAUCUUGUAUCUCUCCCUGGUGCUAUGGAAUAAAUAAAAUGUCUUAAAAUAA